CUCUCUUAUAACGCCAUGAUCCUUCCUAUGAUCCUAUCCAAUGACUUUUUCUCUUCAUCUUUUGAUAACUUCAGGUUCUUCCCUCUACAAUUAAUCAUGAGUCCACCAGCCAUGAUUACCAGAAGAGAAAUCUCUCUCUCUCUCUCUCUCUCUCUCUACUGCCAACCACAUGGAUAUACAUACACAGACCCAACUAUAUUUAUAGGACAUCGCAACCCACUCUUCUCUCACUUUUCACUCAAUCACCUUCUGAUCAGCAGCAUAAUCUUCUGCUAGAUCAUAGUUUUUCUAGAAAAAGCAAUAAGAACCAAAGAAAAAUGUGUAUCAACAACAAUGAGAAGAUCAUUCCAUCUGGUCUAGUCCUGUCUUUGGAAAGAAAGCAACCAUCAAAGCGAUCUAAAGUUCAAGUUCACAGGCUUACCUGCAGCAGGAAAAGAUUUGAAGAAGAGGUAGAAAAGGAUAUGGAACUAAAGAACCUGAAGCUAUAUUUGGAGAACCAAGGUAUAAUUGAAGAGAAUGAGAAGCUGAGGAAAAAAGCUAGCCUUCUUCACCAAGAGAACUUAGCCUUAAUGUAUGAGCUUCAGAAGAAGUUCUCCUCUACCCUUGUUCACAAACACUGAUAUAUAUAUCAAGGGAAGAGAAGUGAUGUUCUCUCUGCCCCUCUCUCGAGUCUCUAUCUUUCUUCUCUUCUGUUUUUGGGUCAUGUUAUAUUGCAGAGUUAGCAAUAAUUAAUUUCCAGGAAAUAUUGUUGCUAUCAAAUGGUGAUCGAAAUAUGAUAAAAGAUGAAGGUUUGGACAUUCUAUGGUUAUCUUAA